AUGGCUGCUACGAGCUCGACCUCGCUGCCCCCAUUCUCUGGCACCGAAGGCGCUUACAUGCUUCCUCAUCAUAUCAAGGAGAUAGAGCGCCUUCGCCGCCAGCAUGAAUUCAUGAACACGACCACAGGAGGCCAGCUACUGGUUCCUCAAGUCAUUCCCCAGCAGCGUUCACUGCGUGUUCUUGACUCUGGAGCAGCUGAUGGAUUCUGGCUGCGCGACCUGCCGCGCCAACUGCCGUCGAAAGACCUGGCUCUCUUUGGCGUAGACAUCGGUUCUUCCUUGUUCCCUGCCCCAGGCGCAGCAUCUUCAGGGACGCAGCCAGAACUCCGCAGUCAUGACAUUCGCACCCCAUUCCCCGAGUCUUGGGGCUGGACGGGCACCUUUGACGUUGUUCACCAGCGUCUUCUCAUUUGGGGCAUCAAGGCCUCCGAAUGGUCCGUUGUGAUCUCGAAUCUUGUCAACGUUCUGAAGCCGGGUGGCUACAUUCAACUCGUGGAGGCUGAGUGGAUUGACCCGGCAAAUCCUGCCUCCGAAUUGACUCGGCCAGAGUUGGCUAAGCAGGCAGCACUGCAGAGGUGGUCUACCGAGAGCUUUGGCAUGGACAUAGACAUUGCCUAUAAGCUGGAGAAGCUCCUCAGCGACGCCGGGCUCGAGGAUGUCGGGGUCAUUCAGUUUGACCACGGGUACGGCGCACUGGCCAAAGCCGAAAGUCAGAAGAACGUUUCUGCCGAGCUCUGGGUGGAAUGUUUCAGGACGCUGGACGAAAAGAUACCAAGCGGCGGCAUCCCAGGUGUAGCUGCCAAUGCUCGCGAAUUUCACGAGUUUCUGGACCGGUUGGAAGUUGAGAUCAAAACGUACGGAUACCAGCCCAAGCUCAACUUUGUGUAUGGCCGCAAACCACUGCAGUAG